AUGUGCAGAAAACUGGAAGCAUUUGAGAUUUUACUAUUUUGGAUAAUACUUAAAAUCCCAUGGACUAACCGAGUCAUAAAUGGAAAGGUACUCAGAAGAAUGAAUAAGAAACGAGAGGUUCUGACCACCAUCGACUCUCGAAAGUUACAAUUCUUCGGACAUAUUAUGCAAAAUGAAUCCAGAUAUGCUAUCCUUCAAGCCAUCCUACAAGGAAAAAUAUUUGAAAAACGAGGUCCAAGAAGAAGAAGAACAUCUGCAAUCACCGUUUUGGGUGUAAGUUGCUUACCUUCGAGACAACGCCGCCAGUUCAAUUGGGAAGAUUGGCAAAAUAACGGUAAUAAUUGGUCUAGAAACCGGGGUACAAGACAAAAUUCAUGGAACCAAGCAGGAGGAAGACAGAUUCCAACAAAUUUUAUUCGAACAUUCAACCUUAUAUUGGAAUAUGAAAAUAGUUUGAUCAAUACAUAUGCCACAACUAAUGACAAACCAGAGGAAAUAAAAGAACAGUUUUUCGAAGACCUAGAGCAAUCCUACAGGAGAUGUCCCAAAAAUGACAUUAAGAUUUUAUUAGGUGACAUGAAUGCAAGAAUAGGACGAGAGCGAGUUUUCAUGCCCACUAUAGGAAAACAUAGCCUACACAACGUCAGUAGCGAUAAUGGAUUACGACUGAUAAACUUAGCAGCAGCACUCUAUAUGACAGUCGCUAGCACCUAUUUUGAAAACACACAAGAAUUUCAAAUACGAACACCAACGAUUCUUGAAGUUAAAGAUGCCGUUAAAAAACUAGCCAGAAACAAAUCACCUGGAAUAGAUAAUCUCCCAGCAGCUGAACUAUAUAAAGAAAGUGGUCAUGAUACCAUAAUGGCAUUAUAG